UGGGCGCGGACUGAGCAGCGGGUAGGCUUGCCUGUGCCAACGCCCUUUAGCGCUGGCUCUCGCCGGAGACGGGAGCGGCUCUUUCUCUCCGCCACAGCCCCGAGCCAGGCAGCCGAUCGGGUGGCGCCCGCGGCCCGGCCUAGCGCAGCGGACUCAGGUUUUGAGGUGCGUUCUCGUGUCGAUAGCGCAACAUCCCCAGCUUCUCCUGCUUUUGCUACUAUACUGCUCUUGCCCCACUGCCAGCCACCAUGGAUAAGACCGAGUUGAUCCAGAAAGCCAAGCUGGCUGAACAAGCUGAGCGCUAUGAUGAUAUGGCCACCUGCAUGAAGGCAGUAACUGAGCAAGGUGCCGAGCUGUCCAACGAGGAGCGCAACCUGCUCUCGGUGGCCUACAAGAACGUAGUGGGGGGGCGGCGCUCUGCCUGGAGGGUCAUCUCUAGCAUCGAGCAGAAGACAGACACCAGUGACAAGAAGAUGCAGCUUAUCAAGGACUAUCGGGAGAAGGUGGAGUCUGAGCUCAGGUCCAUCUGCACCACUGUGCUGGAGCUGUUGGACAAAUAUUUAAUAGCUAAUGCAACUAAUCCAGAGAGCAAGGUAUUCUACCUGAAGAUGAAGGGAGACUACUUCCGAUACCUUGCUGAAGUUGCCUGUGGUGAUGACAGAAAACAAACAAUAGAAAACUCACAGGGAGCUUAUCAGGAGGCAUUUGAUAUCAGCAAGAAGGAGAUGCAGCCAACACAUCCAAUUCGCUUGGGUCUAGCUCUUAACUUCUCUGUAUUUUAUUAUGAGAUUCUCAACAAUCCUGAGCUUGCCUGCACGCUGGCAAAGACAGCGUUUGAUGAGGCUAUUGCAGAACUUGAUACACUGAACGAAGACUCAUACAAAGACAGUACUCUCAUCAUGCAGUUGCUUAGAGACAACCUAACAUUAUGGACAUCAGACAGCGCAGGAGAAGAAUGUGAUGCUGCAGAAGGUGCAGAAAACUAAACUGCAUGUGGGGCGUCAUUCUCCCUUUCCUUCUCAAGAAACCUUUUUACACGUCUCCAUUCCUUAUAGCUCCACUUGGAUUUCCUAUAGCAAAGAAAACCCAUCCAUGUGUAUGGAAAUCAAUUUAUAGUCUUUUCACACUGCAGCUUUGGGAAAACUCCAUUCCUUGAUUUGUGUUUGUCCUGGCCUUCCUGGUGUGCGGUUACUGCUGUAGAAAAGUAUUAAUAGCUUCAUUUCAUAUAAACAUAAGUAACUUCCAAACACUUAUGUAGCGGACUAAAGUGUACCUGGUAUUUAAAAACAAAUCUGAACCAGUUCCUGCCAGUUGACUGUGUUUUGUAUUACAGUAAGAUGAAAAUGUAGUUAAUUGCAACUAAAGAGUGUUCCACAUAGCUUUUAAUUCUCCACAUUCCCUUCUUAUUCUGCAGGGUUUCCUUUCCAUAAUUGACUUUCACAUGCUACUGUGUAUUCUUUUCAGUAGGAAUAUGGAAGUAUUGGGCCAGAUCAAGUUGAGCAUUUCUAGUUUGGAAAAUGACAAAUUGAGUUGCUUCCUGUAUCAUGUAAUACAGAAGCUUGUGUGUCCGAAAACAGGGGCUUCUCUUAAUCUUCAGUUGCUGCUGUUUAAGUUGAUAUCCCUUCCCAAUAAAAGUUCACUUACACUCCCGCCUUUGUAGUUCUGGUAUUCACUUUACUAUGUAUUAGAAGCAGCAUGUUACUGCCGGAGUACAGGCAGUGCUUUUUGGCAGACUAAAGUGCAUGUCAUUUCUUAAUACACUGGAAUGGGAAAACCAAUUGAAGUUCACAUGUCCAAGUAUAAAAUUUAGUACUUUUCCAUGCAGGUUUGUGCACAUGUGAGAAGGUGUCAAGUUUGUCCAGUGAUUGUUAUUUAGAGAGUUUGGACCACUAUUGUGUGUUGCUAAUCAUUGAUUGUAGUCCCAAAAAAGCCUUGUGAAAAUGUUAUGCCCUCUGUAACAGCAAAGUAACAUUAAAUAAAAUUACAUUUUAUAAACCA